AUGGCCCACAGGACCGAGACCUCUCAGACUUCGAGCCCGGCAAUCGAUAGACUUGAAGACUCCAACGGUGCCCGAAUCGUUCCCGUGCCCAUCUCCGUGUCCGUGCCGCCACCUACCAUCAGCAUGUCUCCACCUAGUCCCGUUGACCAUCCGAUGGAGGGCACAUCGCCAGAGGACAACUCCCCUCCUGGCCAGGCCCCCGACGCCGACCCCGGUGCCAAUGGCAAGUCAACCCCCGGCCGGCCUGGCAAUGCGUCGCCGCAGGAUCAGUCCGCCGUCGCGACCUCAAACAACAUGCCCGCGCCUCCUCCGGCCGCCGCCGCCGCCGUCCACCAGCCCAAAAUAGUCCAAACCGCCUUUAUUCACAAGCUAUACAACAUGCUGGAAGACUCCAGCAUACAACAUCUUAUUUCGUGGUCUUCAUCUGCCGAAAGCUUCGUCAUGUCGCCUUCGGCCGACUUUUCCAAGGUGUUAUCACAAUACUUUAAACAUACGAAUGUUUCUUCGUUUGUGCGCCAGCUCAACAUGUACGGUUUUCACAAAGAACGAGACGUAUUCCACACUGGCAACCCGGAAACGACUCUCUGGGAAUUCAAGCACGGCAACGGAAAUUUCAAGCGCGGCGAUCUUGUUGGCCUUCGUGAAAUCAAACGUCGUGCCAGCCGACAUGCUUUAGUCAAUCGAGAAAACAACUUUCCUAAAGCUUCUACGUCCCAACCUGGAACUCCCGUCGAGCCUGUUCAGGUGCCAGCGGAUAGCAUUGAAGCUAGACUGGCCAACCUGGAGCACUCGCUAUACGAUACAGCCUCGAGACUACAGAGAAGCGAAGAGGCGGCCCACUAUAUGCACGUCAAAAACCAGGCCGUGAUGGAGACCUUGAACCGAUUACUUUUUUUUAACCAGGAAUUGUCCAAGGGAAUGCUAUCGAUUGUAUCCCCGGACAGCCCUGUUCAUCGAGAUGUCUUGACAAUCCAAGGCGAAAUGCAGAGGCAAGGAGAAAUGUUACGCUCACUGGAGGAGCAUCAUGAGCCCGUUUAUCCUUCGAGACAACAAUUCUUUGGAAACGUUGAUAAUGCGCCCGUCUCGCCUAGACAGAUGCCGCAGGACGACACCAGACGAGUGACGCUCAACGUUCCGCAGGCGCGAAACCAACCAUCUUACAGACCGGCUGUCCCCUCGAACCUUUCCAUCGGUACGCGGCGACCAUACGGAUCCAUUAGCGGCGGCGCUGGGUCUUCGCCUCUGCGCAACGCCGCGCCAGCCCCUCCGCCGGGACCCCAUCCUCUUUCCAAUGUCGAAUCUGCGAACAAUCUGGCUAGACGUCAUACUGCCGCAGAUAUUCGAGCACAUGGGUGGCAACCAAAUGCUCCUCCGUUCCCUCAGGCCGUACCACCACCCGUGUGGCCGCAAUCUCCCAACAGGCUUGCGCCAGAGGACCAGAGGUUGAGAGACUCCCUCUCAUCUUUCUCCCUACAGCCUGCGCCCACCCACGCCCACCCACUCUCAAGGCCAGCAACGCCGCCACACGCGCCUUUUUCAAACGGCAACGGCCCUGGAUCAGAUACAUUCGGCAGCUGGUCAUGGAACUCGGCGUCGAACCGUGAAAGCAAAACAAUUGGGGCACUGAAGGAAUCGUCAGCGCCUCCUACCAGAAGGGGCAGCAUGGCGCAUAUUCUUAACCCUAGCGAUACAGCUGAACGAUCAGAUGAAGACGAAGACCCGCGGGGUGACGAUGACAGGAAGCGAAAACGAAGACUAUAA